AGAACUCGUGCACCGCCACUUCCAGCCACAGACGUCCCACGGCGAAGCACAUUUGUGGGAGCCCCGCCGUCAGAAUUCUUGUCUCGUCACACAAGCACCACCACCACCUCUACUGUACCUACUUCACUUGCACUGCGCUUUCCCUCAAGCAUUGCUUCGAGACGAUCGACUCCCUUCCAUUGCGCAUCACACGCCCCGCGCCCCCGACGCCUCCCAUCAUGGCCAACCCACCAGCCGACUCGUGGGAGGACAGCAUGCAGGACGACGACCUUGCCCAACAGACCCAGCAGAACCUGAAUCUCGGCCAAGGACAAUCGGCACGUGGAGCCAACACCUUUGUUCCAGGCGCCGCGAGCUUCACCCCAGGCGCGCAGUCAUUUCAGCCUGGGCAGCAAUAUCAGCAGUACGGUUACGGGCAGAACUAUGGCGGCUACCCGCAGUACGGCGGCCAGCAGGGCUAUGGCCAGCAGUACCAGCAAUAUGGCUACGGCGGCCAACAGAACUUCCAGCAGUACGGCCAGGGCUACCAACAAUACCAACAGCCGCAAGGACAGCAGGCUUAUGUUCCACCUCAACAACGGCAAGCUCCCAUGAUCGCAAAGCGUGGCGAAGCUCUUCCUUCUGGAGGCCAGCAGCCUGCCGCCGCAAAGCCUGCAGCAGCGAAGCCUGCAAAUGGCACAGCGCCAGUCAAGACCCUAUCACUGAGUGCCGCAGACACAGGAGCAGCAGCUCCCAAGGUGGAGAAAGCAGCUGGUGGCGCCAAAGUGCUAUCGCUGGGCACACCAGCCGCAGCACCAGCUGCCGCUGAGAAGCCCGCACCAAAGGAGGCCCCGGCCAAGGCAGCUCCAGAAGCCGGCAACAAGGUGGCAGCAGCCAAAGCCGUCGAAAAGACUGGCGAAGCUGCACCAAGCAGCGGCAACACAUCCCCUGUGGCGUCGGGGCGCUCUUCGCCCUCCCGCGCUGAGACAAAGGCAGAAGCCCGAAGAGUAGAGUUGGCAGCUGAGGAGCAGGCUAAAGAAGUUGACGAGGCUGAUCUUCGAGAAAUGUAUGGCAAAGAGCACGUGAACGUAAUUUUCCUGGGACACGUUGAUGCCGGCAAAAGCACACUCGGCGGCAGCAUUCUCUACGCUACAGGAAUGGUGGACGAACGGACAAUGGACAAGUACAAAAGAGAUGCAAAGGACAUGGGACGAGAAUCUUGGUACCUGUCGUGGGCACUGGAUCAGACCAAGGAGGAGCGUGCACAGGGAAAAACGGUCGAAGUCGGAAGAGGAUUCUUCGAAACGGAGAAGCGAAGAUACUCGAUCCUCGAUGCACCUGGACACAAGACAUUCGUGCCCAACAUGGUGUCUGGUGCUUCGCAAGCAGACGUGGGUGUGCUGGUUAUCUCCGCGCGAAAGGGCGAGUACGAGACUGGUUUUGAACGAGGUGGCCAAACCCGAGAGCACGCUGUGCUGGCCAAGACACAAGGUAUCAACAAGCUGGUCAUCGCUGUCAACAAGAUGGACGAUGUCACCGUGCAAUGGUCUGAGGAGCGAUUCAAGGAGUGCAUUACCAAGCUCACCACAUUCUUGAAGGGCUUGGGCUACAACCCAAAGACAGACCUGACCUUCUUGCCAGUGUCCGCGCAGACUACAGUUGGUAUCAAGGAUCGAGUUCCGAAGGAUGUUGCGCCUUGGAACGACCAGCCUUCGCUCCUCGAAUUCUUGGAUAACAUGCAGAGCUUGGAGCGUAAGCUUACAGCGCCUUUCAUGAUGCCUAUCGCCGCCAAGUACCGAGACUUGGGAACCAUGAUCGAAGGCAAGAUUGAAGCAGGAAUUCUCAAGAAGGAGAACAAAUACUUGAUGAUGCCAAACCGAGCCGAGAUCCAGAUCAGCGCACUCUAUGGUGAAACCGAGGAUGAAAUUCCGCAUGCGACAAGUGGUGACCAAGUACGACUCCGAAUCAAGGGCGUGGAAGAAGAAGACAUUGCACCAGGCUUCGUGCUCUGUUCACCGAAGCGUCCCGUGCAUUGCGUCAACCAAUUUGAGGCGCAGAUCAGAUUGCUCGAGUUGAAGUCCAUCAUUUCGGCCGGAUUCAACUGUGUCUUGCACGUGCACUCUGCAACAGAAGAAGUCACAUUCGCCGCGCUCCUGCACAAGCUUGAACCAAAGACCAAUCGCAAGUCGAAGAAGCCUCCAGGAUUUGCAAAGCAAGGCAUGAACAUCAUUGCCCGAUUGCAAGUCACUGGAGGCGCUGGCAGUGUUUGCGUAGAGCGCUUUGAAGACUACCCACAACUGGGCAGAUUCACGCUCAGAGAUCAGGGUAACACUAUUGCCAUUGGCAAGAUCACAAAAUUGAUUACCGAUGCACAAGAGGCUGCGGAAGGAGCUAUUGCUUAAGUGGGUUUUCGUUGUUUCUAUUCCAGAAGGAUGUAGCGAAUGCAUCGGGGCGGCAUCACGAGUUAUAGAGUUGGCGACUGCGAAAGACGCCAUAACGAUAUUGAUGAUUGGCGACGGGAACAUGUAGUGUAGAGCAGUUGGUAGCCUCCAAGAAAGAUCACGCUCUGCGCAUGUGUUGUAGUCGUUGAACAUCUACCAGUCUAUUCCUGUCAUUCUGUGACGUCUCUGUACCUGUGGACGACGCUUCUUACAAAGCGACGCAUGCAGACAUGCUUGAACUGCUUCUUCCUAGCGAUGUAGGGUGUGGCAGGAACGCUAGCCACUUCUCACCUCAAACAAAAUGGCAGCCAUGUCGGCAUAAAUUAGAUGUGAGUCGACAUCCUCCGCCUUUCACAGCUUGCUCAACACAGCAUCUGCACC